UUCAUGUGCAGAAACCUGCAUAACUCACAAGGAUGCGCGCGCACCUUUUAGUUUUGCAUCGUGGUGGCAAUACACCUCGUCCACUUAUGCAUCAUGCUCAUUUUCAAUGGCAAACGCAUCGCCAGGGAACACGACGGGCGGUGGUCGUGGCCUCGGGCAGCACCGGGGCUCCAUCGGAAGCUGCCUUGCGCCAGUCUGCUGAGGCCCUGCUGGAGGCGCAGCUCAGACUUCUGGAGGCAGAAAAGGAAGAGUCCCUGCAGAUAGCUCAAGCUUGCACGCAGCGCAGCAAGCGCUUGCUGGCUCGCCUGGACAACUUGGAGCAGUACAAGCAGGGCUCUGGCAUGAGGGCGGGGCCCGGCCCGGGCUCGGCACAGGGGCAGCGACGGAGCUCCGGCGGCAGCAGCAGCAGCAGCAGUAGUGGCAGUGGUAGCAGCAACAGCACCGGCAGCCGCUACACAGCGCCAGGCAGCAUGGCAGGCAGCAGGGGCGGUGGUGGCAGUAGCAGGGCGACGCAGGGCGGGCCGGCGCCAGACCCUCUGGAGUCUCAGACAAGGCGGCUGGUGUCGCAAGCACUCAACCGCAACAUCGCCCGAGGCAAGAACAAUGUGGCCCUAGCGGAGAAGCUGCAGAUCUACAUCCAUCUGCUGCAGGACGAGCUGUACCGGGUGCGGCGCGGCGACAGCCAGCUGGCAGCCCGCGUGGUGCGCCAGCACAGCGCAUGCAGCACAGCCACGUCAGGCGCAGGCGCCUCGGCUGCUUCGGCCUCAGGCUCGGCCUCAGGCUUGGGCUCGGGCUCCGGCUCGGCCUCCGCCUCGGCGGCUGCAGCAACAGCAGCACCCGCAGGACGAGUGGGCGGGCGGCAAGGCAGCAGCAGCGGGCCUAGCAGCACGGCACGCACCGCCAGCACCAGCGCCAGCGGAGGCGACCCGCCCAGCGGCACAGCAGCCGUGAAGUCUGCAGCAACUAGCGCCGCUGCCGCUGGUGAUGCGCAUGGGACUGCUACUGCUGCUGCUACUGCCACGCCUGCUGUAUCGCCAGUCUCCCACAGCAGCAGUAACACCAGCACAGACAGUAGCAGCAGCAACGCGGUGGGCAGCGCCUCUAGAGCAGCUACUGCAACGGCCGCCAGCUCGCCGCCGCCGCCAGCCCAACCCGCUGCCACCAUCGCCGCUGCCAGCGACAACCUCACCGCUCGCGACGGCGCCACCAACGCGACAGUCGCGCCUCCCCACUCGCCGCCGCCUCCUCCUCCUCCGACGGACCCAGUGCUCGCCGUGUCGCUUGCCUCCGCGGGAUCGCUUGGCAGCGGUGACGACGGCGCUGGUGCGGCGGGCGGGCCGGAGGAUGCUGCCGGCCUACGGCGCAUCUUCAGCCGCACGCGCACUGCGCAGCUGCCAGGUGAUGAGGCUGGCGAGACAGAGGCGGAGCACCUGCCAGAGGCAGCGGUGGCGGCGGCAGCAGCAGCAGCAUUCGCGCCUGUUGAGGCGGCUGCGGCAGCAGGGUCGGCUGAGGCAGGAGGGGCGGCUGAGGCAUCGGAGGCGGUUUCGGGGGCGGCUUCGGAGGCAGCAGGGCUCGAGGAGGGCGGUGGCAGCGCCUCGCCUGUGGCUGGCUUGUCGCUGGAGGAUGCAACUGCCACGGAGGGAGUAGCGCCCACAACUACACAGGUACCUGCGCCUGCAACCGCUCCGGAACCCGAGCCGGCAUCAGAGCCGGAGCCGAGCGGAGCGGAGCCGCCGGAUCGGGUGUGUCGGGGCAUGAACCUGGAGGUGGCUCGCAGUCUUGCAGAUGACUCCGAGAGCGCGCGGGGGGCGCUGAUGGGGCUGCUCAGCCCCGCAGGCGGUCUGCUGCCUGGGCCGCUGCAGGCGCUGCAGGCUGGGGGCGGCGCCGCCGCAAGCCUGCUGCCGCCGACGCCCUCGCCGGCUGCCGAUGGAGCAAUGGAGGGAGCGGACCUGUGGGGAGAAGCGGCGGGCGCUUCGGACAGGGCCCAGCCGCCAGCCGGUGCAGCCUCGCUCGCGUCUGCGGGGUCAGAACCAAAGUUUGGGCUGGAGUCCGGUUCGGGGGUUGAGGAGCCGGGCUCGGUGAGUGCUAGCGAGGGUGCAAGCAGCAGCGGCAACGGCCGGGACGCGGGCGGCAGCAGUGCGGCGUCUGUUUCCACGUCGUUCGGUGCGUCUUCUUCAGCGGCGGCAGCGGCGGCGGGCAGUGCCUUUCGUUACGCCUUGGCAGGAGAGCAGGUACCGCAGCGCACGGUGCGCGUGGCCCAAACCGCCGCUGCGGCAGCGGCGGCCGCCGCCGCCGCCACCGCACGGGCUCGCGCCGCUGUGGCGGCUGUCGCCGCGGCGGAGGCGGCGGCCGCAGCGGCCGUCCCGUUCCGCGCCGCGGGCUCGGGCGAUAACAAGGCGUCUUCGUCCGCCGGAUCAGCCUCGAACUCUUCAUCGCAGUCUACGGCUCGGUCGCCUUCGGCAUCGUCAUCCGCAGGCGCAGCGUCGAGGGACGUGGCGGCGGUUGUGGGGCUCGUGACGGCCCUGACGUCGGAGCUGCGGCGGCGGGGCUAUGUUGGGUGCGAGGACAGCGUUGAGGAGGCGGCCGCAAGGCUGGAGAAGGUAGUGGCGGCGGCGCGAGCAGCGCGCAACUAAAAGAGGUGGUCGCCACUUCAGGAUGUGUGUGUCGUGGAUAUGGAGACCUGGCAGGAGCCAGGGCGCACCGCGGCGGUACAAGUGCAAGCGGUGUUGUGUGUCGACGGCCAAGAGCCAUGGGUGCUUUCAAGAUGCACUGAAAGUCCGGUGUAAACUAAUUGCAAA